AUGAUGUAUUCAGUGAAUACAAAUACGCUUUUCUACUGCAUGUAAGUGACACCCAUACCAACUAAUUCAUUUUCUACCCAGACUGUUCCACAAGGUGUGUAGGGAGGAGUAUGGCACGCAAACAGGUCCCACGAUGUUGGCAGCGCUCAAGCUUCAAGUGGAGAUUUACAACAAUAAGUGUAAUGACACCUGUGCUCUCCUGGGAACAACUUCCCAGGGAGCUCCUCUUGUGGUUGUGUGUUCUCCACUCAUGAAGAAAGUGCACCAACUGAAGCACAGUGGGGAGCUGUGCUUCAUAGAUUCCUCAGGGAAUAUGGACAGGGAGAACUGCAGGGUAUUCCUCCUCCUGACCCACAGCUGUGCAGGUGGCCUCCCUCUGGGCAUUCUCCUCUGCCAGUCUGAGGAUGAGCAGACUAUUGCUCAAGGGCUGGAACAGCUCAAACAAGUUGUUGGAGAGAAGGGCUUUGCUGGCAGAGGACACGAAGGGCCACAACUGGUCAUCACAGAUGACUGUAGGGCAGAGAGGGGAGCUCUGGGAAAAGCAUUUCCUAAGGCCACACUUCUCCUGUGCUCCUUCCAUCUGCUACAAGCAGUUUGGAGGUGGCUGUGGAGCAAGGAGAGUGGGGUCACUCACGGAGACAGACCGGCACUUUUUGCCAUUGUAAAAGAGAUGCUUUACUGUCAGGAGAUAGGCAGUGUGGAUAGGCUUUACAGCGAGGCAAGAGGGCAUCCAGUUGUAGCCAGGUAUGAAAAGUUCCUCAGGUACUUGGACCGACUGUACGCCAGAAGAGAGUGUUGGGCCCUCAGUUAUAGAGGCAGUUUCCUCACCAGAGGAAACAAUACCAACAAUUUUGCAGAAGCGAUUGAAGACAAGAAGUUUGUGGUGAAGGGAUCUACACAAACUUAUGAUGUAGACAUGGAUUUGGAGCUGUGUUCUUGCCCUGCAGGACAAACAGGAGCGCCUUGCAAACACCAGGCAGCAGUGAUGAAACAUUACAGCUGUUUGUCUCCUUUCUACCAAUGA